UCCUGGAAAUGAAACCCCGCCCCUCCGCGCAUCCCCUUUAAAUAUCCUAAACGCACUGUUCCCUGGGACAGACUGGGCGCAGCAGCAGCUAGCUUCUCUGUGACAGGGAGGCGACGACAGAACUGCAAAAAUGGGAUUUAGCGUACGCGUGGAGUACUGUGGCGGUUGAGGUUACGGCCCCCGCUAUCAGGAGCUCGCCCGUACAGUAAAGGAUGAGUUUCCUGAAGCGGAUGUGUCAGGCUUUGUGGGAAGAAGAAGCAGCUUUGAGGUUGUAAUCAAUGACGUGCUCGUCUUCUCCAAGCUUGAAACGGGCGGUUUUCCCUAUGAGGAGGAUAUCAUGGAACAAGUCCAAAAUGCAGCAAAGGGGAAACAUGUUAAAAAGAUCACCAAAAGUCGCCCACCAUGCGUCAUCAUGUAAGCAUCCAUCCGUGAGCGCCAGGGCAUCGGCUGGCAGCGUCUCCUCCAAAUACAGUCUGAGAUGAUCCUCCUGCCAUGUGCUGGGUCUACAACUUCCAGCAAGAUUUCAGCAGAGAUGACUUUGCUGGAGGCUCUGCCUUUUCUAAUACUAAACCUCGCUCCCUAGCUCCUCUCUUUUGUCACCAUCUUGGGGCUGUAGGCUGUUAAUGAUUACAAUAGCUUGAAAAUAAUAGGGCUACUGUAUGAUGAGUCCACGCUUCAGUCCCUACAGAUGUGAGCAAAGAUGAGGAGAAGAGAGCAGACGUGCCCUGAUGCCUCACUGCUUUUAUUUUAUUUUUUGAUUAAAACUUCAUAAUUUUUGUAUUGUUUUUAACAGUAUAGCAUGCAGUUGGGAAUUUAUGCAAAGGCAGCAAUGUGAUUGCUAUGUCUUAUAAGGCAUUCUUGGUUUAUCUGUACCUCAGUCUAUGCUACAUCUUAAUUAAGGCUUUUUCUGCAUCUACAUUUGUCUUGAAUUGGAAAUAAUGUCUCAAAACAUGAUGCUAGAUUUUGUGUUGCAGAUUAUUUUUUUAACGGUUCAGGUAUGACUUCUAUUGAAAACCCAGGUCUCGCAAACUAUGUUAUCUCUUGUAAUUGCUUGAAUAAAUGCAAGAAUUCUU